AAUAGAGUGUGGGGCGCUUUACGCAAACGGGGUGUCAAUAGGCAGCGGGAUCGGGGCAGCGAGAAGGCGCGCAGGGCAAACAUGCGGGGGGCUCGGUUGUUAAUUACUGCGUUUCUAGUAGCUUGUACAGUUGAUGCUGCUGUAUAUUUAAAGGAAGAGUUUGUAGAUGGCGAUGCGUGGAAGAGUCGCUGGGUGGAAUCCAAACACAAGUCUGACUAUGGAGACUGGAAACUAAGUGCUGGGAAGUUUUACGGCGAUGCUGAGAAAGACAAAGGUCUGCAAACCAGCCAGGAUGCCCGUUUCUACGCGCUCUCCACCCGCUUUAACCCUUUUAGCAAUGAAGGUAAAGCACUUGUGAUCCAAUUCACGGUCAAGCACGAGCAGAAGAUCGACUGCGGGGGAGGGUAUGUCAAAGUCUUCCCGACAGACCUGGAUCAGGCAGACAUGCAUGGAGAGUCACAGUACUACAUCAUGUUUGGACCUGAUAUCUGUGGUUACAGCACAAAGAAGGUGCAUGUUAUCUUCAACUAUAAGGGCAAGAACCACCUGACCAAGAAAGACAUAAAGUGCAAGGAUGAUGAGCUGACGCACGUUUACACCUUGAUUCUGCGGCCCGAUCAGACGUACGAAGUGAAGAUUGACAAUGAGAAAGUGGAGUCUGGCUCCCUGGAAGAAGACUGGGACUUCCUCCCACCAAAACGGAUCAAGGACCCAGAGGCCAAAAAACCAGAAGACUGGGAUGAUCGUGCCAAAAUUGAUGACGUUACAGACACCAAACCUGAGGACUGGGACAAACCAGAGAAUGUUCCUGACCCUGAUGCUAAAAAACCUGAAGACUGGGAUGAGGAAAUGGAUGGCGAGUGGGAGCCACCCAUGAUUCCUAACCCUGAGUACAAGGGGGAAUGGAAACCUAGAAAGAUUGAUAAUCCAAAUUACAAAGGUGUCUGGGUCCAUCCUGAAAUUGACAACCCUGAAUACUCUCCUGACCCCAGCAUUUACAAGUUUGACAACAUUGGGGUCUUGGGCCUCGAUCUGUGGCAGGUCAAGUCGGGCACCAUCUUUGAUAACUUCAUAAUAACUGAUGACGAAAAAGCGGCAGAAGACUUUGGCAACGAGACCUGGGGAGCUACUAAGGAUCCAGAGAAGAAAAUGAAGGAGCAGAUAGAGGAGGAGGAGAGAAAGCAAAGAGAAGAGAAGAAUAAAAAGGAAGAUGGUGAUGGUGAGGAGGAAGAGGAUGAAGAUAAUGAGGAGGAGGAGGAAGAAGAAGAGGAAGAGGUUAAUGAGGGUGCAGAAGACAAUGAAGUCCCAACAAAAGAUGAAUUGUAAAGCAUGAUGAAGAUACACCUCAUCUGUGGGCAGGGACACUAUUGAUGUGCAUCAGUAUCUUGACUAAUGUCAUUCAGACUUCUCUAGCAGUUCAGGGUCUUUUUGCUGAUGGAAUGGUUGGCCUUUUUUGGGGGGGAUAGGGGCAUGGAGAAAGGGGGUUAAAUUUUUUUU